UUCCACCACCCGCCAGCCACCAUGAUCGUCGAGCUCCUCCUCGCCUUCUUCGCCCGAGCCAAAUGGGCCUCCGGAAAGCUCCCUCCCGGGCCCAUAGCCCUCCCCAUCAUCGGCCACCUCCACCUCAUCGGCCCACUAAUACAUCACAUCACACACACCUUUCCACAGCCUCCUUUUCAAGCAAACGUAUACGCCAUUUCCUCUGGUUCUCCCUCCAAUCAGGAAAGCUUUGGCAUUGUACGAAGAGUAAUGACCAGAAUAUUGCGUUACACCAGUUGGAGUUCAGAUUGGCAUCACAGGUUUGCUUUCAUAUAUAAUGACACUUGCUGAAGAGCCUUUUGUGUUUGUUUAAGAAGACAGGGAAGGCAUGCACGCGACGCAAGGUUAUGUUGAUAUCACAUUCUAUCCAAAGAAAAACUCUCGAAUCCAUCCAGUCGUACGUUAUCCGCUUACUUCUCUCUCCCUUUCUCCCUCCACUGUACAGCCUCACUAUAUAUAAUCGGGAUCUUGCGGCCAUCUCUCAUUCACUCACUCCCCACAGCGGUUUUUUCUACCACCAUGGAUGUCGAUCUGACCCCUAAGCUCCCCAAGAAUGUCAUCGAAGGCGACGGCGGCUCCUACCAGGCCUGGUGCCCCGACGACCUCGUCAUGCUCAAGCGCGGCAACAUCGGUGCCGCCAAGCUCGGCCUCAAGAAGAACGGCCUUGCUCUCCCUCACUACUCCGAUUCCGCCAAGGUCGCCUAUGUCCUUCAAGGCAACGGAGUAGCCGGAGUUGUUCUCCCGGAGAAGGACGAGAAGGUGAUCGGGCUCAGGAAGGGCGACGCCAUCGUGCUCCCCUUCGGCGUCGUGACCUGGUGGUACAACAAGGAAGACACGGAACUGAUCAUCCUCUUCCUUGGCGACACCUCGAAGGGCCACAAUGCAGGUUCCUUCACCUAUUUCUACCUCACGGGAACCAAUGGCAUCUUCACGGGCUUCUCCAGCGAGUUCGUCUCACGGGCUUGGGACGUCGACGAGGCCACCGUCAAAGCCCUCGUCGGAUCCCAAUCGGGGGAAGGAAUCGUCAAGGUCGAUGGCUCAAUCAAGCUCCCCGAACCGAAGAAGGAGGAUCGCGAUCGAUUGGUCUACAACUGCGAGGAAGCUCCUCUUGAUGUUGACAUCAAGAAUGGAGGAAGGGUGGUGGUGCUGAACACCAAGAACCUCCCCUUGGUCGCCGAGAUUGGGCUGGGAGCCGAUCUCGUGAAGCUGGAUGACGGCGCAAUGUGCUCCCCUGGUUUCUCCUGCGACUCUGCGCUGCAGGUGACUUACAUUGUGAGUGGAAGUGGCAGGGUCCAGGUUGUGGGCGUGGAUGGCAAGAGGGUGUUGGAGACUACCGUUAAGGCUGGGCAAUUGUUCAUCGUGCCCAGGUUCUUCGUCGUUUCGAAGAUCUGUGAUCCUGAUGGAAUGUCUUGGUUCUCAAUCAUCACCACUCCAUACCCGGUCUUCACCCACUUGGCUGGAAGGACGUCGGUGUGGAAGGCACUAUCGCCGGCGGUGCUGGAGGCCUCUUUCAAGGUGUCGUCGGAGGUUGAGAAGAAGUUGAGGGGAACUAGGACUUCCGAUGUGAUUUUCUUCCCACCAUCCAAGUGAGCUUUUGCGAGCAGUAUCCACCAGAGAGUGACCUGCUGAACAGUUUAUGUCGAUCAAUCGUUCUCAAUAAAAAGAUAAUAGGAAUCAUAUUACGUAAAUAUUGAUAUAUGGAUGACCAUUGUCAUUACCACAUUAGAUGCUCACUUGGGAGUUAUAUGUAACCACAUUCCUACAUUUGAUAGCUCCUUUAUGUUUCAUUAUCUCUCAUUGAUAUAAAGAUGUAGUGGUUACCAAAGUGUGCCUAUAAAUAAAGCACACCAUUGUAUCAAAAGAGAGAAUGAAUAAGAAGAACUCUUCCCCUCUCUUCUCUUGUGUUUUUCCCUCUCUAAUCUUCUCUUGUAGUUGUUUAUAUUUUCAUUAGUUUCAUAACACAUUAUCAGCACAAAGCUCUGCCAAAAUUAUCAUUGCUCAAGCUUCAAAGACUCUCGACAUAAUCUAAGAUAUUGGAGUAAGAUCAUAAUAUAAUCAAGGUAUGUAAAUCUU